CCGUGGCUCGGGGUGUCCUCCCGGUGCGUGGGGUGCCCCCGGCCUCGUGACACCGCGGCCUCAAUGCCGCCUUGUGCCCGCGCCGCCCGCGUGACGCCGCCGCCGCUGCCCCGUGGCACUGACGGGGCCCCGGCGUGGCCGUGUCCCCUCGCAGGGACCCCGUGGUGUCCCCACCGCCGCCCCGGUGCCAUGGCUCUUGUCGUGGCCGUGCUGCUGGCCCUCGUCACCGCUGCCACCGGCACGCCGGGGGCGUCGUGGAGUGCUGUGCCCAGGAGGACUGUGCCCUACGAGGAGCUGCAGGACACUGCCAAGCGUUUCUCCCAGGGCGGGGUCUCUCACUACCUGACGCUGACGCUGGACGAGGCCGAGGCGCUGCUCUACGUGGGUGCCCGUGAGGCCGUGUUCGCCCUGGCCACGGGCACCGUGGAGCUCAAGGCGGCGAUCUCCUGGGAGGCGCCCGUGGAGAAGAAGGCGGAGUGCGUGCAGAAGGGCAAGAACAACCAGACCGACUGCUUCAACUACGUGCGCUUCCUGCAGAGCUACAACAGCUCCCACCUGUACGCCUGCGGCACCUACGCCUUCCAGCCCAAGUGCACCUACAUCGAGCUCUCCGGCUUCACCCUGGACCCGGUGGCAUUCGAGGACGGCAAAGGCAAAUGUCCCUACGACCCCACCAAGGGCCACACUGGCCUCAUCGUGGAUGGGGAGCUCUACUCUGCCACCUUCAACAACUUCCUGGGCACGGAGCCCGUCAUCCUGCGCAACCUGGGCCCGCACUACUCCAUGAAGACCGAGUACCUGACCUCGUGGCUCAACGAGCCUCACUUCGUGGCGUCGGCCUUCGUGCCCGAGAGCGCGGGCAGCGGCAGCGGCGACGACGACAAGGUUUACUUCUUCUUCAGCGAGCGCGCCGUCGAGUACGACUGCUACGCCGAGCAGGUGGUGGCACGGGUGGCACGGGUCUGCAAGGGGGACGUGGGCGGCGCGCGGACGCUGCAGAAGAAGUGGACGUCGUUCCUGAAGGCGCGCCUGGUGUGCUCGGCGCCCGAGCAGCAGCUGCACUUCAACCGCCUGCAGGCCGUGUUCACCCUGCCCGGUGCCCGCUGGCAGGACACCGCCUUCUUCGGCGUCUUCCAGGCCCGCUGGGGGGACGUGGACGUCUCUGCCAUCUGCCGCUACCCCAUCCUGGAGGUGAAGAAGGCCUUCGAGGGGCCCUACAAGGAGUACCGGGAGCAGGCGCAGAAAUGGGGGCGCUACUCGGGCGAGGUGCCCACGCCCCGGCCCGGCGCGUGCAUCACGGACUGGCACCGGCAGAACGGCUUUGCCAGCUCGCUGGAGCUGCCCGACAACACGCUCAACUUCGCCAAGAAGCACCCGCUGAUGGACGAGCCGGUGCCACCCCAGCGCGGGCGCCCGCUGCUGCUCAAGAGGGAUGCCAACUUCACCCAGCUCGUGGUGGACCGCGUGGCAGGGCUGGACGGGGCCACCUACGAGGUGCUCUUCAUUGGCACAGGUGACGGCUGGGUGCACAAGGCGCUGGAUUUGGGCACCCGCAUCCACCUGGUGGAGGAGCUGCAGGUGUUCGCGCCGGCGCAGCCCGUCGAGAGCCUGGUACUGGCGGGCACCAAGAAGCUGCUGUUCGCCGGGUCCCGCUUGCAGGUGGCACAGCUGCCCCUGGCAGAGUGCGGGCGCUACCAGACCUGCACCGACUGCGUGCUGGCACGGGACCCCUACUGCGCCUGGAGCCGCAACGGCAGCGCCUGCGUCCGCACCGACGGGCACAACGGGUCCCACCUGGUGCAGGACGUGCUGAGCUCCGACACCGGCGCCUGCUCCGUGCCGCAGGUGGCCAAGCAAGGGCCGCUGACCCCCAAGAACGUGACGGUGGUGGCGGGCACCGACCUGGUGCUGACAUGCCGCCUGGCCUCCAACCUGGCGCGCGCCCUCUGGACCUUCGAGGGCCGGGCGCUGGCGGCCCAGCAGGCGCUGGUGCUGGGCGAGGCGCGGCUGCGGGCGCUGGUGGUGCCCGGCGCGGGCGCCCAGCACAGCGGCACCUACCGCUGCCUGGCCGAGGAGCAGGGCGCCCGCCUGCCCGCCCAGGAGUACCGCGUGGCCGUGCUGGCCGGCCCGGGGGCGCCGCUGGAGACGCGGGCGCCGCCCGCCGGCCCGGGCGCCGCGUGGGUGCUGGCCGUGUGCCUGGGCGCCCUGUGCCUGCUGCUGCUGCUGGCCGUGCUGUCGCUGUGGCGCCGGCUGCGCCACGAGCUGGGCAAGGGCGCCAAGGCCAUCGAGAGCACCCUGGUGUACCCCAUCGAGCUGCCCAAGGAGCCGCCCAGCCCGCGCUUCGUGCCCAGCGCCGCCUCCGACUCGGACGAGAAGCUCUGGGACCCGUCCAGUUAUUACUACUCGGACGGCUCGCUCAAAAUCGUGCCCGGCCACGCCGGCACGGCGGGCGCCGCCUGCCGCCGCAACGGCGGCCCCGGCGCCGCCUCGCCGCCCGCCGGCAUCCCCGGGCAGCCGCUGCACUCGCCCACCCGCAUCCACCUGGGCCCCCUGCGCGGCUCGGCCUCCAACGGCUACAUCCGCCUGGCGCUGGGCGCCGAGGAGCGCCCGGCCUGCGCCGACCUGGCCGAGGAGCUGCGGCGCAAGCUGCAGCAGCGCCAGCCCCUGCCCGACUCCAACCCCGAGGAGUCGUCGGUGUGAGUGGCGCCCGCCUCGGCUCCGGGAGCCGGCGCGGGCACCGCGGAGCGGGCACGGCAGAGCUGGCGUCGGGAUCCGGCUGAGGAUGGAAGCCUGGCACCAAAACCCGGCUGGGGAUGGAAGCCUGGCACCAAAACCCGGCUGGGGAUGGAAGCCUGGCAUCAGAACCCAGCUGGGGAUGGAAGCCUGGCAUCAGAACCCGGCUGGGGAUGGAAGCCUGGCACCAAAACCUGGCUGGGGAUGGAAGCCUGGCAUCAGAACCCGGCUGGGGAUGGAAGCCUGGCACCAAAACCUGGCUGGGGAUGGAAGCCUGGCACCAAAACCUGGCUACUGAUGGACACCUGGCACCAAAACCUGGCUGGGGACAGGCGCCUGGCAUCAGAACCCAGCUGGGGAUGGGCACCUGGCACCAAAACCUGGCUCGUGAUGGACACCUGGCACCUGGAUGGGCGCCUGGCAUCGGGACCCAGCUGGGGAUGGAAGCCUGGCACUGGCACCCGCCUUGGGGACAGGAUUGCCAUGCUGGUACCAGCCCUGGGGACAGCAGGGUUACCACAGGAUCUGCCCAGUGUCACCCCAGUGCCAGCGCCCACCUUGGGGACUGAUAGGCUGGCACUGGUGCCCGCCUUGGAAAUGGGAGUGUCACCUUGGCAGUGGUGUGUGCCUCGGGGGUGGCACUGCCACCCUGGCACCCAGGGGGUGGGACUGGCACCCAGGAUUGUCACCUGCCCUGGGGACAGGAUUGGCACCCUGGCACCCAGGAUUGUCACUUGGGCACCUGCCCUGGGCACAGGGCUGCCACCCUGGCACCGCCACCACCCAGCCGUGCCACCGUGCCACUCCCGGUGCCACCACCUUCGGUACGGUGUCCCCAGGGAGGGACAGACUUGGGGACACCCCUGUGCCCGCCCGUGCCCGCCCGGUGCCCUCGGGACGGGUUUUUUUUGGGCUCAUUUCGGGUUUUUCUGACUUUUUUCUAUCUCUGUGCCCCCCGUGCCAGGGCUCUGUCCCUGCCCUGCCCUGGCCCUUUGUCCCCUCGUGUCCCCCCUCGUGUCCCCAACCCCUGCACGCCCCCCAGCCCGUUUUGUACCAGCCCCCCCCCGGUGUAAUUUAUUUGGUACCGAAAUAUAUUUAUUUGUUGUAAAUACCUGAGUAUUUUUAUAUUCAUAAUAAAAGGACUUCCAGAAAAAAAC